ACUUCGAUGAGUGACAAUCAUUAUAGAGCAUUGCGAGAUCAUGUCGUACGUGAAGUUUUGUCUCAUAGUCACAGCAUUGACAAUAUAGAGUCACGUUGUCAUCUUUUGGAGCUCGUAAACUGCAACCAGCCUCGACCAAAUGAAGCCGACCCUAAGCCUGUUUUUGAUCCAAGCAACUUGAGUAAUGUCUUAAAGUGGUUUGAGGAUUGCGGUCUAGAAUAUCCGAAAGAGAUAGUUCAAUAUCAACAACGUCAUCAGAUUUUAGUACCUAAACCAAAGAAAAAUUGUUGUUGUUUAUGGAUGACCCUGACACUUAUAUUUCUUCUCUUAUUCUCCAUCACGUUUAUCAUUAGUCUUGUGGUGAUAUUUUUGAAACCUAAAGUUAUGAACGUCAAUGUAAGAGAUCCACAAAAUAAGACCUAUCCAAUUAUCGGUCUCAGUACCAACGUUAAAUUGGAAUGCUACGAUACUUCAAUAACAGAUACAGUCAAUGCAACUGCCAUUACACUGGAUAGUGCCACUAUAUACACCAUACCUGAACAUGAAGUUAGCACAUACCAGCAAGUCCUACCAUACAUUAAUUUAAAUAAAUGUAUGUCUACUACUUCUUCUAUCCACACUCUUCCUAUCCCUGUUUCCUAUAAUACUUGCUACGAGCCUAUUUAUACAGCAAGUGGUGGAGGGACUCUUAAUUACUCUAUCGAUUUGGUAAAUAGCAAUCCUGUCAGGGUCUCUUGCGCAAUGAGAUUGUUUGGUUUUUCUAUUCACUCCGACUACAUUAGCUACUAUAAUGCUGCUAGAGAUCCUCAAGCUGAUCAACCUCGUUCCGUAUACAGUUCAGAUUGUGUUGGUAGUAAUGGAACUCAUUCAUUCUCAAUAACAUUACCACGUAAUUCUCUGCUCUAUUUUGUUCUUGCUGUAGUUAAUCAAACUAAAGUUAAUGUCAGCAUUUCAGGAAAUAUAUCAGCAUAUUUGAAUGAAGCAAGAUACAGAGGUGAUGAGUGCCAUCUUACUCAUUCAAAUAAAUCUUGCUCUAUAAAUUUCAAGAAGAGCAGACAUAACAGCGAUGUUUGUCUUUUUGUUAACUCUACGUAUGCAUUUCAAGGGAAAGUGAAUCUGUUCACUACAUUUAUAACAAAGCAAGUCUACAUUUAUCUUUCAAAGUACUGGAUCCCUUCCAUUCCACUUGGCCUUUUCACAUUAUUGUUUUUAUUUUUGUUAUUUGCUAUUAUUUACGCGAAAAGAAGAAAGGAUUGCUAAAGCAGCUACAAAGUAAGCAGUGGGCACAUGCUACAAAAUUUGCUGGCUUAUUUUAUUGCUAUAUUAUUAU